UUUUGUCACUAUGCAUAAGAGGGAAGGUCUACUAGCAUUUGGACACAUGCUGUUUCUCAUGAGUAUAAACAAACAAGACUUUUCUUCAAGUGGGGUGUGAGCUUUCCAUACCAAGUUUAAUUGCAAGUCAGAAAGCAAAAUAGAGGAACAAGAACACUCUUCAUACUCAUUGCACUCGUAGAGUUGUAGUAGUAGCUGUCACUGCUUUGGACACCAAAAAUGAGCUAUGGACAUCCUUACAUGGGUUCAGGUAGCCGAACUGCUCGAAGAACUUUUGAGUUCGGGAAGACACAUGUAGUGAGGCCAAAAGGAAAACACCAAGCCACCAUAGUAUGGCUGCAUGGUCUUGGUGAUAAUGGUUUGAGCUCAUCUCAGCUCCUGGAAUCUCUUCCACUUCCAAAUAUAAAAUGGAUUUGCCCAACUGCUCCUACCCGUCCUGUGGCCAUACUUGGAGGCUUUCCUUGCACUGCAUGGUUUGAUGUGGGAGAACUCUCAGAAGAGGGUCCAGAUGAUUGGGAAGGUUUAGAUGCCUCAGCAGCACACAUAGCUAACUUGCUGUCAACAGAACCAGCUGAUGUGAAAGUUGGAAUAGGAGGGUUCAGUAUGGGUGCAGCAAUAGCACUUUACUCUGCAACAUGUUUUGCUAUGGGAAGGUAUGGAAAUGGCAUCCCAUACCCUGUCAACUUAAGAGCUGUUGUUGGACUAAGUGGCUGGCUUCCAGGCUCAAGGAGCUUAAGGAACAAAAUAGAAGUGUCACAUGAAUCAAGAAGGCGAGCUGCUUCAUUACCCAUGUUGCUGUGUCAUGGAAUAUGUGAUGAUGUAGUUCCAUGCAAAUAUGGAGUGGUUAAAGCAACUAUCUAUGUAUCUGAGUUGUUGGUUGUGUGUUUGUGCAGGAUUGGUCACUAUACAGUUCCAAGAGAGAUGGAUGAGGUAUGCAACUGGCUUAACUCCAAGCUAGGCCUUGAGGGAUCUCCAUAACAAGUUUGUAUGGAGAUGCACAAAGCAUAAGCACAAGUAGAUAUAGAUCAUGGCAACGGUUCUUGGGGUAUAGAUAUAUAUAUAUAUAUAUGUAUGUAGGAGAGAUUUCAUUUUCUGGGGUCCCUUUUUGUCUUGUUCCUGAGCAGCAAUAAGAGUUAUCAAUGUGUUUUUCUAUGUAUUUCUCUAACUAUUAUUAUUCUAGAGCCUAGACACUUGGACACUUGUAUUAUCUUAUGGGAGAGCUUUGUAGUUUAAAUUUU